AUGAGAGGGCACGCAAAGAAAGCCUUAGACAUGGUGCAGAAUGCGUCAUUCCCAGGGAACUGCUGUGCAAAGAAGGGGGACUUCUUGGACCCUGAAGCUCCCCGGGCAGCCUGGCUGGUGACUGUGCUGUCCAGCGUGCUGAUCUUCACCACCGUGGUGGACAUCCUGGGGAGUCUGCUGGUCAUCAUUUCCGUGCUCAAGAAUAGAAAACUGAGGAAUUCAGGUAAGGACCUGGGGACAUGUCUAUGGUUCUGUAUCCACAACUGUAACAGUAACAGCUACCCAGGGAUACAUUGUGUCUGCUGCCACCCCAGCCUUGUACAUGGUGGCAAGUCUCUGAGUCAACACAGUUUAGAAAGGCUCAUAGAGAUCAGUGCUGGCUGGGGAUGCCACCAACUCCCCCUCCCCCCUCUAGAUGUUUGUGAGGUGUUAACGGCUGGCUGA